AUGUCGACCGAAUAUGAAGCGGCAUUUGGGGGCACACGAGAAAUGGCCGUCAACGCAAUGCAGAGGGUUCAACAACAACUUCAAACUCUGAAAGAGAAUGGGAAUAAGGAUUCCAAUAGACGCGAAAUGCAACUUGCAUUAUCAGUAUUGCGUGCCAUUUGUACUAUUGCUGCGAAGACGGAAGGCAAACACUAUGAUGUCUACUGUGAUACAUUGGUGCAUGUAGUGGGGAAGCAUAUUCAACCAUCAAUGAGUGCUAAAUAUUGGACAAUGUACCUGGAACAUGUUAGAUAUUUACAUCAUUUGGUUGCAGAUAAGAAAAACUUUACUGAGGCUAAAAGAAUAUGUGACCUUGUUGCAAAUUAUACUAGUUAUCUGCAGAGUGAAGGCGAUUAUAAAGUUAUAUUAGGCAUGUACUUGCAACACUUACUUUGUCAACACAAUCACGUACGCGUAAAUGCCCCUCUUGCUCAGGAAUAUAUCGCCGACAUUAUAGAGGCACUAAAAGAAUUAUUUAAGCGUAUGCUGCAGUGUAACAAAAGUGAAAAUUUUACAUAUCCGGAGUUAAUAGCAGAUUUCAUACAAUAUCUGGUGCCAAAGCGAGUUUCCACAGUUUUUAAUUAUCUCGCCACACUUCCUGCAAAUAAAACACAAAUGUAUGAUGCUUUUUUCACGUUACUUAAGGAAAUACGUACAACGCAACCAUCAAAGGAAGAAUUGCAAGCACAUUGUCAACGACAUUUAGAAACGCUUACUGUUUUCUUUCAGUUAGAUGUGCCGGAUAGACUACAGCAACAACUGGCUUUGCGACAUUUGCGCGCAUGCCGUGAAAUGUCUGUGUUUGCUACUGACAAAAGUUCCAAUUAUGUAUUUUCACUACUAUAUUAUCUGGUGAAACUAGUUUAUGGCUUACCGAAUCCAGGCGAAUUUAAGGAUAUAUACAAAGAUCUAAGUCAAAAGCUGACUUCUUUCUUUGAACGCUAUGGGGAAAUGUUAAUGCAAGAGCGUUGGUUUACAGAUGUGCCUGUUAUAAUAGCGGUACUUUUGACGCAUGUACAGCAACACCCCACCACACCAUUCUCAUUUUUUUGGCAACACAUGACCAGUAUUGAAUGUUAUAUAUCGCAUUACGAAUUAAUAUUAGGCUGUAUACGUUUAGCGCCACGUAUUGCUGAGACGAAAUUAUUAAAAUUUGAUUGCUGCACCAGCGCUAGAAAACAUACAAUAAUUUCCUUUGUUAUUAGUUCAUUAGCUGCCUUUUCAUCCUAUGCCUUGGCUGUGGAUGACCCAUCAGCGGAAAGUGAAGAUCUUUUUAUCAGCUUACGUACGCAAUUGCUGACGUUGAUGCGCCAUGGUGUCAGUGUGCUUGAUUCUCUCGCUUGUAUAACGCCUGAUUCGACAGAAUUGAAAUUACUCUACACAUGCGUCGUACAACUGACAUUGGAUAUGCGCACGCCAGCACAAAAACGUCUUUGCAUAACAUUAGCUGAAUUUCUCUUACGCAUACGUCAUAAAUUCUCCAUUAAAGAUUGGACGCUGCUAUUGCGCCGUCUAUACAAAAUGACGUUGGAAUCAAACGAAACAAGUUUAACAUUAGAUCUACAUGUCGCACACAUUGCUUCCAUGCUGCAGGAAAGUAUUUGGCCCGACGUUACUACUUUGCGUACCCGCAUUGGACACUUCCACACGGCCUCGUCACACGUGACGCCCGGACAAUGCAUCUUGCAAAUAGCUAUGGAAAGUCACAAUCCAUUUAAGGUAUUUCUGGACACACCACAGAAGCACUUAUUACAUUGGUUAGAAACACAGCAGUUUCUUAAGUACCAUAAGAGCUGUGUUCAACUUCAAAUGACGCUAAUGCGCUGUAGUCCUUCAAUGUAUGGUGAAGUGUUAGUGGCACGUGGUGCUGGUCCUCUAACGACCGCAGUAGCUACACGUUUGCAACAACUCUGUAAAGAAUUGGAGCAGAAAAUAGAUAAAACCGCGGGUUUGACACGUUUGGAACAACUCUGCUGGGCACAUAUAAAUACAGCGCUGCUGCAUGAUGCCUUGAAAGUUCGUAAAGACUCAUUGGCAGUGGAAAUAAAAUUCCAAGAGGACAACAUAGAGGAUUUGUGGCAACGCAAAGAAUUGUCAACGCUAACCGUGACACAUGAAGUCAAAUAUGUAAAGCAAGCUGAAACGGCUUUGGAAGCCUUUCGCGAAUUCUAUGAAAAAGCUGACGCUAAACCGAUACUCAGCAAUGAGGUGUACAUCGAUUGGGAGUCCAUCGUAGAAGACUUAACCUCACUUGCGUUGUAUUUGCAAUUGGCAGGCUAUUUGGAUGUCGCAACGGAAGCUUGGAUUCUACACUAUCGGGUGACAAAUUUAAUUAACGAUGAAUACAAUUCCUUACGUAGUCUUGCCUAUUUCUGUGAAAACAGCGAAUACUUUCUAAAUUCACAAAAUAGCAUAGACUUGGCUGUAGAAGUGGCACGCAAGCAAAAUUUCUUAUUAAACGCCUUACAACAGUUGCCGACGCUUAUUAAACGCCACCAAAACCAUGUGCUUAUGUGCCUGUGCCAAAUGGCACACUAUUAUGCACGAAUCGGUCAUCUCAACUAUGCACAAGUCCUAUUGCAGUAUGUUCAUCAGGUGCACGCCGAGUUGCCGAAUCAGCAGGGCAAAUAUAAUGUGGUGCUUGGCACAGUCGAUAUUGUCAAAUUUCGUAUUUUAUGGAAGCAUUUGGAUAGUGUAGCAGAACGACGAGAAACUCAACUCUCACAGCGUUGCCUGCUACGUGAAAUGGAGGACACGUUGGAGCGCUUUCGCGGUGAUUUCUUCAAACUCUCGAACAGCGAAUUAAUGUCAUACACGAUUUUACUAUUGAGUCUUAUAGAGCAGGUGGCCGAGUGUGCCGCCAAUCGUUUAUGCGAUCAUUUUGUGAAUUCAUAUUUCGCUGGCACCUUUAAGCUGCUGCUGCAAUCCGGUUCGGCCUUGCGCAUAAUACAAAUGCUAGCUAUGUGGGCGUGGAUUAAUUUACAAAUGGAAUAUGUGCAAAAGGCGCAGAUCAAAGUAAAAUUGAUUGAAUACAUACUGGGUGAAAAAACUAUCGAAGAUUUGCGGCAAUUGAGUGAAGCACGCGCCGUUGAAAAGAAACUGGCAGUUCCAAACACUUACAACACAUUGGAGUUGCUGCAUUCGGGCAUGGAGCCGCUGCGCAAAAUGAUACCGUUGCAUGCAUCGCCCACAAAAAUGCUCAAAAUGCAACUUAGCCCAUCAAUACAGCGAGAAAAUGGUCUUACACGCUUUCUCCAAAUAGCCUGCAACGAUACGUUGCAACAAUAUGAGAUUCUACAAUGGUGUUGCUUUAUGGUCGGUUGCUUGAAUGCCAGACUAUACUUUCUUGUCGAUAAUCAUGACAAACUGGAGGAUUUCUAUGAAACUAGUCAGCAAUGGUUGGAAACGCAUCAGCAAAACAAUUUCCUACGUAUUAAUUUCCAGAAUAUACAACUGUUGAACUUGCAACACUACGUCAACUAUCUGCGUACGCAUAAGAAAUACGAAAAGGCCUUAAGUUGUCUGCAAGCGGGUCUGCAGCGCUACACUAGUGUAAAGGGAAAUGUUGAUACCGUUUAUCACAUUAAUUUUCUCUUACAAUUGCGCGCUACAAAGAAAGAGAUGUCCAUGCAGAAAGAAAGUAAGAGUCAGGGUGGCUUGCGGCGCGCGCUGGCAUUUAAUGUGUCACCCGAUUUGGGAGACGUGACGGUGUUGGCAAAGGAAGUGCCAGCAGCAGUUAAAACGGGGAAAAAGCUGCCAACUGCUGCUUUCAAAAUAUACGACAGUGACGAGAGUCUAAACAAACAUACGCCUAGGCGUGCUGUUGUGCGGCUGCCAGAGGUUAGCAAAACCAAAGAGAAAAUGUUGACUUUGACGGCGAGAAAAGCGAAAAAACUUUUGGCCACUGAAACGCCAGCCAAAAACGGUGCUAAAAGUGUAAAAGGAAGCACACAAUCGCUGACAGCAAGAAAGCUGCGCGAAAUUAGAGCUGCUGCUAACGAUUCGUCCAGCCAUUCGUCGAAUUCUACGCCCGAUUCUGAUAUCGACAAUAUACUGAAUCGUUGUCAACGCAUCGAAUCUGUGGAUCUGUUGGAUAGUGAUGAUGCGAGUAGUAAACAGAGUGAGGCAUUAAAUAUCCAAACCAGCGCCAGUGCCAUAUUAAGCAAAAAGUGUAGUGCUACCAAAGCUAGUCGCCACAAUGAGAAUCUUUCGAAUAUUUGUCGUAAAUUUGAAUCCAUAGACUUGGCUGGCGACGAUGAGCCCACAUUAGUGCCAAAUAAGAGCUGCACACCCAAACUGAAAGAAGCAAAGAAGCGCAAAGAACAAACGCCCGAAGUUAUUGCUGUUUCCGACGACAACACCGAUACUUUCAAAACGCCCGAUUCGACUUUCGGUAAACUAACAGCACCGCCAAAAACCACAAAUGCCAAAGGCACCACCAAAAAAGCACCGCGUGCUGCACCAACCAAGCGCCGAAGUAAAGAAACGAAUGCAAAGUCCGCCUCAGCAGAAGUGAGCGUGUCCGCCAGCAGCGAGACAACCACACUCGUCCCAAGCGAACCACAAAUACAAGUUGUAGAAAGGAUCAAAGUAACCGAGGAUAAAAAGUCGACUACGACGAAAUCACGCACUCGUACUAAAACCGAAGUACGCACCCUGAAAGUGAUCACAAUGGAGACAGAAAUUAAGAUUUUAUCACCUACCGCACAAACCGCAAGCAAGGCGAAGGAGCAUGCAAGCACGAACAGCACAACUCGUGGUCGCGCACGCGCAACCCGAAAGGCACCGACCAGCAAUAACGAUGAAAACGUUGCACCACCCGUGACCGUUAGCAGAACGUUGAGCAGGCGUGCCAGGCAAUAGUUUCUUUUUUUUUACUCUUAUUUAUAUUAUUUUUUUUAUGUAGUUAAAUUUCUGUAACACUUUUUCCUAGACUAUUAAAUCAUUUUAGCUUACUCUUUCAUUAAUAUUUUUGUAGUGUUUUUAUAUUUUCUAGUUUUCAUAUUUUGAAUCAAACGCAUUAAUUUGUUGUGCUCAAAUAUCAAAAAAUUAAUAAAGGUGACGCUUAUUUUGAUUAACCUGAAA